GGAAGAAGUAUAUAAAACUCAAACUUUCACAGCAUUCACAACUGCUGCACAGACAGUACCAGACACAGAUUUCAAGAUGAAGCUGUUCCCUGUACUGGUGAUGCUGACAGCAUGUGCUGCAAGACCUCAAGAUUUGUCUGGUAAAAUGUUCACUUUCCCACUGGAAUCCAACAGAGCUCAUGUGAGGCUGAAUGCGUCGAGAUUGGAUUUCAGUUCUUUAACACUCUGUCACAGAUCAUUUACAGACCUUAAAAGAGACCACGUUUUGUUCUCUCUGGCUACACCUGUUCAUUCCAAUGACUUCCUGAUCUUCUGGGAUGGUACAAAUAAAGAGAUUGAGCCCCAUAUCAAGGACAGGAAAGCUGAAUUUGGAGGACGAGACUACAAGCCAAACAUGUGGCACUCUAUCUGCACCACGUGGGACUCUGAGUCUGGACUGGUGCAGAUUUGGUUUAAUGGGCUACCUUCGAUUAGGAAAUUUGUCAGCACUGGAACAAACAUCGUAGGACCUGUUAUAAUAAUUUUAGGACAGGAGCAAGAUUCCCACGGUGGCGGAUUUGACAUUAAGCAGUCUUUCGUUGGCAUGAUGUCUGACGUCCACUUGUGGGAUCACAUCCUUUCCUCCUGUGAAAUUCAAAACUAUGUGGAUGAACUAAACUUCACGCCAGGGAAUGUGUUGAACUGGAGCGCACUGGAAUUUGAGAUCUUAGAUAAAGUACUGAUAGAAAAUAAACUCAUGACGUGUCACUAAUCAGAAAAUUACAAAGUCAAAAAUCUGGUCAAAAAACUACUUUGUUUUUAUGGCCAUCAUAAAGAAUAUUUGAUGAUUUUUUUAAACCCUUUUACGAUAAUCAUAUGAAAGCGUUACACUGGUCGCUGUGAUUACGUUACAUGUUGGUUAAUCCAUGAACAACAUUGAGAACAAAAACUGGUGAGCAUAAAUAUAAAAAAAUAAAAAAUAAUUUUACGAAUUUCUAAUUGUAAAUUUAUUGUAAAGUGAACAAUAAAUUGACAAUUCAUCAACUUGUGCUAUAAAUGUUUUUCUAGUCAGUGCAUGACAAUAAAAUGUAAAAAAAAGAAAAGAAAAGAAGAAGAAGCUUUUUUUUUUUUUUUUUGCCAAAAUAUCACCAUCAGCACUGUGUCACGAAGUGCAAUCGACAGAGAAGUCCAAACUUCUCCAUUAAAUCUGAAAACUCUGCAUCUCUGCUUAAGUAUUUCAACUUAAUCUAAAAGGCGAUGUUUUAGAUGUCGCCCUCUACUGGCCAAAACUGAUAAAUGCAGUUUUUUUCCUUGAUUUGGCUUUUUUUUUUAAAUAAUCAGAUCGUUCGAGUACUAUUUGUGUAAUUUUAUGAUUAAAUGGACCUAUACCAUAUACA